GUUCGCAGCCCGCUCUGCACACAACUCAUUGAUUUUCGACGGAAAGGCCAGCUCGCGAUGAUAGCGGCGAUUGACGUGCUGUCAGCUCACACGCUGCGGAUCGGUGCCAUUCUCGAACUGACCGGCGUGAUCUUCCUCCACUCGCUGUUUCUCACGGGAUGCACCUCGCCUCUCUUCGAUGUGUAUGCGGCGUCCAUGACGGGCCAGCCAGUCGAUGACUACGAGGAGAAAAUGAAGGCCGCCAUUGCAGCGGUUCGCCAUUGGAGCCUGCCUUCCCUCUAUGGGCAGGUGCCGUGGAUGACGGGCGCCCUGUUCAUUCUCGGCUUCCAGGUGAGCAUUCCACUGCAAACAGAGCGGAGGUGAGCUGUGUGUGUGUGUGUGUGUGUGCGUGUCGCGUCAACAGGUGAAGCUCACUGCAGACCCCUGGCUGUCCUCUCGGCAUCGUCUGUUUCGGCUGGGAAUCGGAGUGCUGCAGAUCGGUGCCUUCCUGGACGUCACCUGGAACCUCGUCAACCUGGCAGAGUGGUGAGCUUGCAGACGAGCAGAGCCCCUCGAUCGAGGGUGGCACGUGUCCUGUGUUCGUGUGUCUGUGUGUGUGUGCAGGGUGAUUGCCGUCAACUAUGUGAAGGCCUCCGAUGCAACCAUUACUGCACUCAUAGAGGGAGGGUUCUUCUGGUGGCCCGAGAUGCUCUAUGUGUCCUUCCUCUCGCUGGCGGUGCUGGUGAGUAAGGGAGAGGGGGAGAGGGGGGGACGGACAGCUCAUGGUGCAGUGCAGUGCACACCACAGCGCUGUUUGUCUGGUGUGUGCGUAUGUUGUUGUGCGUGUAGCUGUAUGGCGUGUCGUUCAUGCUGCUGGAUGUGCACCAUCCGGAGGGCGGCAGCACCUGCCUGGCCUGGACCCUCCUCGUCUCGUGGACACUCACAGGCACCACCGGUACACACACACACCACACAAGACGCAUGGUCGAUUGUGCCUGUCUGUCUGUCUGCCUGACAUCCACGGGAUGUGUGUCCAUUCAGCCUUUCUCCGUCUGCUGGUGCCGCCCUCCCUGGCGGCGCUGAGCGUUGUCGUGGCCAUCGACACAGCCUGGCCUCUCUUUCUCAUUUUAUCUCUCGUCCUCACUGUCGUCUGGUCUUUCCUAUUCGAGCCGGCCGUCAACAGAGGUAUAUACGCUGAGGCUGGUGGUGCUGAUGACUAUGGGCCAGAGCAUACCCCCCCAAGGCACUGCUGGGCCGCCAUACGCCGCAUAUGACAUUGGCCCGGCGUAUAAGUGAAGGAGGAGAGCAGCGGGACAGAGGAUAGGGGGUGUGUCGUAGCGCCAAAGGACUUACUUGACGUGUGGGUGUCCAUUUAGCCAUGUGGCUGUGUGUGUUUGUGUGUGUGUGCGCCGAUCGGAUAAGUUGUGUCGACAAGUUGGAUGCGAUCGCGAUGAGGGCAGGUUUCGGCGCGUGAAUUCAGUUGUGUUGGUGUGCUGGUGUUUUAUCUGUGCGGCGGGUCAAUAUCUGCUUAGUUACAGAGAGUCUCGUCUUUCAGAAGACAAGACCCAUCGCCAUUGACUCGACCAUCACUACAUGGCCAAUUGUCGUGUGUCCGCAAGUGUGCUGUCCUUUGCACGUACACACAAGAAGGGAAGAAACUCA